AGUGGGGAGAUGAAAAAUUGAAAACAUGGAGAAAAAGCAAAAAACAAAAAAUAUGCCAGUAAAAAGAUUGAGAGAGAGAGAGAGAGAGAGAAAAAUUAGUAAGAGUUGGGCACAUUCAACCAAUCCAAAACGAGCAUGUCGUCUACCUUCUUCUUACUGAGAGGUCAGAGUUCCACGCACUCUCUCUCUAGCAAUCGGGAUCUCUCCGCUUUUUGACACGAAUUUACCAACAAAACAAACAGUGCCUUAUUUCAUCUCCCUGCGCUCUGCACUCCAUGUUAGACUUAUUAGGGUUUUCUUUCUCCCACCUCAUGUUCCGCAAUCAUUGAUUCUCUUCUCUUCUCUUCCUUCGAUUCGAUUUGUUCUCGCUAUGGAGCAACCGCUUCAACCGCAGCCGGAGACCGCCGCGGUCGGCGCUAGGGAUUUGGAGCAGUCGCGGCUGGUCGGAGUUCCCGUGGCGGAGAGAGCGGGAAACAGUUGCGCAGCGAAUUUGCAGGUGACCGUCGUGGACGGUGGUGCCGUUUUUAAACGGAAGCGCGGUCGGCCGGCCAAGGGAGCGCCGAAAGUGGCGCCUCCUGUGAGGCAACAGCAGGACGAGGAGGACGUUUGUUUUAUUUGCUUCGACGGUGGCAGCCUCGUUCUCUGUGAUCGCCGGGGAUGUCCAAAAGCGUAUCAUCUCGCGUGUAUUAAGCGAGACGAAGAGUUUUUUCGAUCAAAGGCCAAGUGGAAUUGCGGUUGGCAUAUAUGUAGCGUUUGUCAGAAGUCGUCACAUUAUAUGUGCUAUACUUGCCCGUACUCUUUGUGUAAGGGAUGCACAAAAGAUGCUGAUUUUGUUUGUGUCAGAGAGAAUAAAGGUUUGUGCGGAAUAUGCAUGAGGACUAUAAUGAUGAUUGAGAACAUAGCCCAGGGAAAUAAGGAAAAGUGUGAAGUGGAUUUUGAUGACAAAAGCAGCUGGGAGUAUCUUUUCAAGGUGUAUUGGAUGUAUUUGAAAGGGAAGCUAUCUUUAACAUUUGAUGAGCUCCUUCAAGCUAAAAAUCCAUGGAAAGGUGCUGCUCCUAUGAGUUAUAAGAUUCAAAGUCCCCAUGAACUUUAUCAUCUUAGAGAUGACAAAGGUUCUGGCUCAGAGAACUCCUGUAUAGACAUAGAAUCAAAUAAUUUGAAGAACAAGAAGCCCAAGAGACAGCCAAAGCUUCUUGAUAAGGGUGAUUGCUUGGAUAGGAUAACUUCUGGUGGUGACAGUGGUGUGUCUUUGCCUGAAUGCACAAAAUGGGCAUCAAAGGAGCUUCUAGAGUUUGUUGCACAUAUGAAAAAUGGUGAUACAUCUCUCCUGUCUCAAUUUGAUGUCCAGACUCUCUUGCUGGAGUAUGCAAAUAAAAAUAAUCUCCGUGAUCCUCAACAGAAGUCACAAAUUGUUUGUGACUCUAGACUUUUAAAUUUGUUUGGAAAAACACGUGUUGGCCACAUUGAAAUGCUAAAGCUCCUUGAGCCCCACUUUCUUUUAAAAGACAAUGGCCCUGCAGAAAAUACUUUUGGAGCGGGAAUUAUUAAUGCUGUUGCUAGUGAAGGGGAGGCCAUUGACAAUUACAAUAAACAGUUGAUGUUGGUUGAUGACAAGAGAUGUAAGACACAUAAUCCAGAUGCAUAUGCUGCUAUAGAUGUUCACAACAUUAACUUGAUCUACAUGCGGCGAAGUCUGAUGGAGAAUCUAACUGAAGAUACUGAAAAGAUUCAUGAGAAGGUUGUUGGUUCAUUUGUGCGGAUAAGAAUAUCUAGCAAUGAUCAAAAACAAGAUAUGUAUAGACUUGUCCAAGUUGUAGGUACAAGCAAGGUUGCCGAACCUUACAAAAUUGGCACAAGAACAACAGAUAUUAAGCUUGAAAUUUUAAACUUAAACAGGAAGGAGGUCAUAUCCAUUGCUGAAAUUUCUAAUCAGGAGUUCUCUGAGGAUGAAUGCAAGCGGUUGCGUCAGAGUAUAAAAUAUGGGCUCUCAAAGAGAUUGACUGUGGGAGAGAUUCUAAACAAAGCAGUGACACUUCAAGCAAUUAGAGUUAAUGAUUUGCUGGAAGCUGAGAUAUUACGGCUUAAUCAUCUUCGUGAUAGAGCAAGUGAAAAGGGGCAUAGAAAAGAGCUUAAAGAAUAUGUGGAGAAGUUGCAGCUACUAAACUCUCCGGAGGAACGUCAACGCAGGCAGCAUGAAAUUCCAGAUGUACACUCCGACCCCAAUUUGGAUUCAAUGUUUGAGUCUGAUGAAGAUGAUGGAGAGUCAGAUGAAAGGAAGCAAGAUAGCAAUAUAUUUUCAAAAUAUCUUGGGUUUGAUAGAAAAGAGAGGGGUUCUAUUUUUCCAAGAAUUUCAAAUGGCGCCUCCAACGACAUGGGAGGUAAAACACAAGACUUGCCUGCUACCCGAGAACCGGUUGGGAAUACAUGCACAGUGAAGAAUAAUAUCAACUGUGAUGAUACAGCUAUUGAUGAUAGCACUAAUGCAGUUGUGAAAUCAGAAGUGUCCAGUGUUGCACCGGACAUUUCAUCACCGCUUCUCUUUACUGGGAUGCAGCAGUCACUGAAUGAUUUUUUGAAUGAUAGAUCAUGGCAUUAUCAGGAUCCAACUGGGAAGAUUCAAGGACCUUUUUCUAUGUUGCAGCUAUACAAGUGGAAUGCAAGUGGAUGUUUCCCUCCAGAUCUCCGAAUAUGGAGGGUAGGUGAGAAACAAGAUAACUCUAUACUGUUAACCGAUGCACUAAGUGGGAAGUGUUCCAAAAAUGUGUCAUUGCCAUUCAACAGCCAAUUGCUCUCUUUAGGGGUCAGUGUUACAUUGGAUAAUAAAGAUAAUAGUCAGGAUGCUGGGAAGAAUGGAAAGAAUGAAAUUUCUGCAGAUGGCCAAAUUAUAGAACAGAGCAAGGAACAAAAGCCACAGGUGGAUAAUACCUCUACCCAGUCUGAUGGCAAAGACGAACCUGUUAGGAGCAAUGGAGGGCAUGGCCAACUGCAUGUAUACCCUUCACUACUGCCAACUGCCAUUCCUGAGAAAUUGAAUGAGGAUCCUUCUGAUAAAUUAAGGAAAGGCCAUGGGAUUGUGGGAAAUUCCGAAAAUAGAAAUAAUGGCUCGAUCAGGACAUCUGAUGGGCAGAGUAAUAGUGGGCAUAGUUAUCAGAAGCAAUCAGAUAGUGAAGAGAAUUCAGGGAAAUCUUCUGGACAGACCUGGAGACACCCUAAUGUAAAUAGUUCUUCCGAUUGCUUGGUUACCAUGUCAGCUCAUGUUUCUGGUACAAAAACAUCACCGCAUAAGCUGGGAUUUGAUUUGCAUAAUCCUCCUUCCCCUCCGGCAGCAUGUAAUACAUCUUCUGGACAGACCUGGAGUCACCCUAACGUAAAUAGUUCUUCCAAUUGCUUGGUUAACACAUCAGCCCAUGUUUCUGAUACAAAAUCAUCACCGCAUAAGCUGGGAUUUGAUUUGCAUAAUCCUCCUUCCCCUCCAGCUUGUAAUACAUCUUCUGGACAGACCUGGAGACACCCUGAUAUAAAUAGUUCUUCCAAUUGCUUAGUUACCACACCAGCUCAUGUUUCAGCUACAAAAACAUCACCACAUAAGCUGGGAUUUGAUUUGCAUAAUCCUCCUUCCCCUCCAGCAUGUAAUACAUCUACAUGGCAGGCAAUCAUUGGUGAGCCCAAUGAUUUUGAUGAAUCCGUUUCAGAUCUGUUGGCAGAAGUGGAAGCAAUGGAGUCACUUGGUGGCUUGGAAUCUCCCACUUCAAUCAUGAAAUGUGGCGAGGAUUUAACUGAAGGUUCUAAAAAUGAUUGUCUCAGUUUUGUUGCAGAGCUUAGCCCAAUGCUUGAUGCGGGUAAAGGUGAUGCACUGAGCUCUACUGGUGAUUUAAACUUACCAUCUCAGCCGACAGCAGCAGAGGAACCAUUACGGCAAGCAGAUGUACAUCACCAUCAUCAUCAAAGAAUUUCUGCGGAGCAUCCUUCAAGAAGUUCUAAAGUUGAGGUGGGUACAAAGAACGGUGUUUCAGGUAAUCAAUGGGAUUCAGGCUCAGAAAAUUCACCCAUUGUUCCAUCCCCUGGAACCUUGGGCCUGGCUAUAGACACCACUUGGAGACUUGGGUUAGAGAAUACACACUUGGGAUGGAGUGGAAUAGAUCAAGGAAAUGCAAAUGUGGGUUGGGGAGUAGGACAGACGGCGGUGCAGGAAAACAGGAGUUCUAGUUCAUACACUUCUGCAGUAACUCCAGGCUUUGGGGAUAGCCAAACAAAAUAUGGCAGUGAUCGAUUUUCUGUGUCCAGAGAUCGGGGUUUUCAAGGUCAUAGUAGGGAAUCAGGUUUGAGUAGAAGCAGAAUUCCAUAUAACAGGCAACCGUCAUAUGGUGUUGGAAAUGGAGCAUCAUAUAAGCCUCUGCCCAAAGGGCAGCGAGUUUGUAAAUUUUAUGAAAGUGGGUAUUGUAAGAAGGGAGCAUCCUGUGAUUACUGGCACCCAUGAUUUUAGAUUCCAUUAGCACUGGUCACACUUGUUUUUUGUAAUCCUUAACAUAUCUGAAGUUGGCUCUUUCCAAUUGUUGUAAUUUAACCGACACUAUUAGUCAAGUGGCAUAAUUUUUUUUAUAUGAAACUACUCUUCUUUUAUC